CAAGGCAAAGUGCCCACCCUGGCCGCGCGAGCGCAUACAGACGCGUUUAAGACCACGCGGGGCACUACGUGCACAUAUUAUUGACGUAAGUUCACAAGUUUUGCUGCCGACUGUCCAGCAAGGCUGUCCACCAGACACAUUGCAUCUGCACGCUCUGCACAUCGGCACAUCGGAGAUGGCGCGCGUCGCCUACCUCGUAGCCCUGGCCAGCGCCCUCGCACCAAACCGCUGGGACGCCCCGCCGCACACGUCGCGCGAGCUCCAGCGGGCGCUGGGCGCGUGCCCCACGGCCGACGCCGCCUGCGCGCUGCUGCAGGAGCGGGCAGAUGACGGCAACGAGGUCAACGUCGCCGCGACGCUCGUCCGCGCCGCGCGCGAGGGCGCCUCGCGAAGUACGUUACGGUACCUUUACGGCGCGUGCCGCGCGUCGGCGGGCCGCAUGGCGCCGCGCCAGCUCGCGAACGCCGCGCGCGCGCUGCGCCUCGCGGACGACGACGAGACUGCUGAGAGAGAGGCCGCGCUGGUCGCCGUCUGCGCGUGCGUCGCCAUGACGCCGCCCGCGGAGUGGACGAACGCGCGCGAGGUUGCCAUGGCGGCCUGGGCCUGCGGCGACGCCUGCGCCAAGGGCCGCGCCGACGAGCAGGCGGUAUACGCGCUGCGGACGCUCUCGAACGCCGCGCCGCGGGGCUUCGCGGCGCGCGAGGCGAGCGACGUGGCCUGGGGCCUCGCUGCGGCGCGCGAGCGGCUGCUGCCGCCCGCGGCGACGGACAACGCGACGGUCGCCGACGUCGCGGCCUUCCUCGACCGCCUCGCGGACCACGCGCGGUCGGUACCCUACGCGCCGCGCGACGUGGCGACGGCGCUCUGGGCCUGCGCGAAGAUCGCCGAGGCGGUCGAGAGCUGUGUGGAAAUCAACCAAUGAGUUAGGUUAUUGUCGCGUCGAUGGCCUGGAAACUUCACGCCAUCGAGCAGACGCAGCUACGGAGAAAAUAUCGCGUCGAUGGCGUGGAUCGCCCGAAAUUUGAUGUCCGCACAGGACUGGCGCGCCCAGGCGGCUUCACUACGAGCCGUCGCCGCGCUGCGCGCCAACGCGGACCGCAUCAAGGGCCCGUGGCCGCCGCGCGACGCCGCGCAGGCGGCCGCGGCCGUCGCGAGCGCCGCCGUCGACGCGCCGGAGGUCCUCGACCGCGCGACGGCCGCGGCCGCGCGGGGCUGCGACCGCUGGUCGCUGCGGGACGUGGCCGACGUCCUCUGGGCCUGCGCGAGGCUGGAUCGGCCGCCGGCCGCCGACGCCGUCGCGGCGCUCUGCGGGGCGCGUGCCGUCCGGCGGGCGAGCGACGGGGCGCCGCCGAACACGCGCGGGCGCGCCGAGCUCUGCAGCGUCGCCUGGGCGGCCGCGUGCCUGGCCCACGAAUCGCCGCAGCACCUGGUCGCGGCCGUCGACACCGUCGCCGCGGCCCACGGGGCCUUGGCCGCGGACGCCGACGACGACGGCGCGCGCGACGUGGGCAGUUCGACGCUGGGCGACGCGCCGACGCCGCCCGGCGCGCCGAUGGCGCGGACGCGGCGGCUACGCGCGCUCCACCACGCGCGCCUGGCGCUGGCGGCGGCCGGCGCGUCGGAAGAGCAACUGCAGACAGUCGACGCCGCGACGACCAAUGAAUUGAGGCGGGCUGCCCGCGCGGCCUGGACGAGGCGGCCGUCGGCGCCGUCGUCGCGGCACGAGGCCGUGUCCAAGGUACUCCGGGGCAUGAAGGCGCAGCACGGCGUCGUGGCGACCGCGCACGACGAGCACGGCGGCCUCGCCGUCGACGUGCUCGUACGAUUGCCCGACGGCCGCGCGGUCGCCGUCGAGGUCGACGGGCCGUCGCACUUCUGCGCCGACGACCCGAAGCGGCCGCUCGGCCACACGCGACUCAAGCGGCGGCUGCUCGAGCACGCGGGCCUCGAGGCCGUGUCGGUGCCCUACUACGAGUGGGACCGCAUCCCGCACUGGUCCUCGAUGGAGCGCGAGCGCUACCUGCAGCGGAAGCUGGGCAUCACGACGCGGCUCGUCUACGACGGCGGCGACUCGUCGUCGUUCGCGCCGCUCGAGGGCGAGCGGGGGGCGAGCCGGUUGGCGUAGUCCUCCUUCCUUUUUUCCUGAGAGAGUAACGUUUGGUUUGUGUUGAUGC